CAGAAUAUUUAAAGGAUAUGGUCAGAUUUGUACAGAAUUCACAGACGAAACGUGUCCCUGUUAGUCACGCACAAUGUUUGAUUUCAAGACAUCUGUUUUCGCAGUGGCCGUAUUACUGUUUUGUGCUUCCCUGUCGUCUGUAACUGCCACGCAGCAAGUGAAGGCAAGGGUGAGACAGCUGACAUCUAUGGCGUGUAACAUAGGAGAGCACGAUAUAAACGGUGCAUCAUGGGAUUUUGACCCUAAGAACGGCCAUUCGAAAUUGAUCUUCAUGGGCGACUACAGACUUGGCAACUACCGUUAUAAUAUAAACACCAGAACCGGGGGUUACACUUUGCAGAUCUAUGGGGUCCUGCCGACUGACGAAGGUACAUUUACCUGCCAGUACGAACACGAAGGCACGUUGAAAGAGGCAGCGUCAUAUGACCUCACUGUGGAGACGUCAUGAACAGUGUACAUUGCAUAAUACAUUGAAAUCAUAUUUCCCUUUCUUCAUUUACAAUAUAGGAUGUGUACUACCAAAUCGAAUCGCACAAACGACAGUUGUAACAUAUGUGGCUAAAACUGAUAUACAUGUUCAUCAUAAGCUGCGUCCAUACUUACAAUUUAAACUAGUUUUAGCUAAACUGGUAUUACUAAACCAGUCUAAAAUGUAAGUUUGAACGCGAUCUUUUCACUAUUGUAUUGGUAUAGCUAAAACACUUUAAAGAUAAGUGUGUACGCAAACUGUUUUGGUCAGACUGGUAUAAGGCGGAAGUGACAGUGAUGCCACCGUCAAAAUAAGCAGUAAGUGGGUUAGUUCAGGCUUAACAAGACUCGUAGUGUAUUGCUGUUUUGAGCAAGAGCUGAUAACUACACUUACGCCUUAUACCGGUUUAGCUGUUGCACGUGUGAACGUUUGAAAUUGCCAACCAAAUAUGUUUUAGCUAAACCAGUAUAGUUAAACCAGUGUAAGUGCGAACUCAGCUAUACACAGCUAUAUGUAAACACUUUCACCCCUCACAGUUAGUCCGAAAAAAACCCCACUCCAAAAUAACAAAAAUAAAACCAACAAAUUUAAAUGUUCCAAUUUCAAGUUCAUUUACAGCUAAUCAGCAUACAAAAUAAACACAUGUCAAUAUACACUAUAUCCAGCAUAAUGGUGGGGCGUGACAUUUACAUAAUUUGGACCGUGAUAAAAGCACAAUGCAAUAUGGCUAUGUAAUCUAAAACUAGAUUAAAUCAAGUUAUUUCUUGAAUUAGACUUAUCAGGAAUCGUCAGUAGAAAUGUUUCGCAAGCACGCCGUUACGGUGAUGAAUUGUGAUGUCACAGAAUCUUUGGUGACGCCAAUUUACUGCCAGCUCUUUGUGCUUAGAAAGGCCUGCUACAAGUGAUGCAUUUCUUGGCUAAUAUAUAAUUUAAAUAAUAAGACUAAUACAUAAAUAAAUAAAACUUAUGAGAACACCGCCAUCUUUAAGUCACUAACCUUACUGAACUAGCUAAACGAUUAGUACGGUUACGGAAUAAUAUUGUACUGAAUUUAAAAAACAAACAAAAAUAACUGUGUGUUUUUUUCUUCUUCGUCACCGCUGCUUAAGUAUUGUAAAUGUAAACGUUUAGAUACACCAGUAUAAGACAACGUAAAUCCGGCCCAUUAUGAUUAGCUAUUGUUAUUGUUAACAGUUAUUGUUAUCAGUAAUGGUGCUGUUGCGAAACCUACACCAUGUCAACCCUUGUUCCACAAACAAAGAGUAACAUAAAAUGGAAUCCCGCACACGUAUGAAGCCCAAUAGAUGUGUGUACAUGGAGACUAGUUCCAAUUAAAUUACAGGAAUUAAUUGGCCAAACAAAACUGUAUUUUAUGACCCCCUCCCCCCCCCCCCCCCCCCCUAAAAAAAAUGAAAAAGAAGAAGAAUGAAAGCACCCUCAAAAACAAAACUUGCAUAUCUUUCAUGGAUGGCAGGGUUGGAAGUUUGAUGCACCCAAGUAACUAGACAAACUCCACGAAUCAUAUACAUUAUAUCAUGCAUUGCAUUCAUUAUAUCACUCCGACGCCAUAUAACCGUAAAUAAAAAAAAUAUGUGAGUGCGUCAUUAAAUAAAACAUUUCCUUCCUUCCUUGCAUUGUAAUAAUAUUUCUGUUUCAUCAUCUGUAAGCAAUAUAGGGUUGACGAAUCGAAUAAAUUGUUGUAAUACAUUGCAAUCAUAUUUCUGUUCCAUCAUCUGUAAGCAAUAUAGGGUCGACGAAUCGAGUAAAUUGUUGUAAUGCAUUGCAAUCAUCUUUCUGUUUAAUCAUCUGUAAGCAAUAUGGGGUUGACGAAUCGGGUACAUUUUGGUAAUAUAUUGCGAUCAUCUUUCACAACAAUUAUCCAAAACUCGUUCUAGGUCAGUAUAGAAUUGCCUACAUAGAUGUUUUAAAUAAAUGCAAAGUUCAAAAAUUGUCUAGGUUAGUAUAUAUAGAAUAUCCUACAUACGUUUUUGGAAUGCAUUAAAAGGUCCUCGUGAUCCUUAAGCCUCCCACAAUACGACCUAUUGCCUUUAGAACAAACGAGUCAAGAGAUUAGCAUGGAAGAGUGCGUCCUGGUGAUAUUGGGCUAGUGGCCAAAUUACGAAUUUCUAUAGCUGUAGUCACAAACAGGCAGACCCAGAAUUUUGCGUAAUUCGGUCUACAUAAUGUACAGACUGAAAUGUUGGUACCAAAUAGGAGCGAGGAAAAGAAGUGACAUAUUUAGACGGGUGCAAUUAACUACGAAAAACCGCACCAACCCCAUACAUUCCUGACUGAAAAUAGCAAACAAUCAAUCAUUAAGUGUAGAAACCAAGAUGUAUUUUACUUGGGUGCAAUUAACUACGAAAAACCGCACCAACCCCAUACAUUCCUGACUGAAAAUAGCAAACAAUCAAUCAUUAAGUGUAGAAAUCAAGAUGUAUUUUACUUAAUUAGAAAAUAAAGAUGGUGAAACAAAUGA